UGCCCUCCGCCGUCCUCCUUUUCUCUCUCCCUCUCUCUCUUUCUCUCCUCCCAUCCCCCACUCGCUCUGAAUGUCGAUGUCACACCAGCGGCUCUGCUUACGAACACGAACCCGAAAAGUGCAGAGGCGAAGCGGGGAGAAAAGCAUCACUUUCGCCGCAGAGCAGAGCAGCGGACUCGGCAGCCCGGACGAGGAGAGACGGUAAACAGCGCGGAAACAGAACAGCACAGUUCGGGCGGAUCUCGGGGAUUUGCACACGCUUUUCCACUCCACCUACACUAGCCCUCUCAGAACAUGGCAAGUGGGCACCCCAUUGACAAAUUUGCUUUCUUAUACCCACCUGAAAGCUCUCAGAACCUGAAGAGUAAGGGUCGAGUGUCUUCCAGUAUGAAUCCUGUUUACAGUCCUGUGCAGCCAGGAACCGCGUACGCGAACCCCAAGAACAUGGCGUACCCAGGCUAUCCUGCAGGUUAUCCCACCACAGCUCCUGCAUACACGCCCAACAUCUACCAAACGGGCACCCCGGGAUACCCACCAGGUGAAGCUCAUUCGCUGACAGCAUUAUCAGUUCAAACACAAUCUGCAGCUACACUCAUAUCGUGUGCUACAAGUAUCAUAAUUCCUUUUGCUCUGUUUCCCUUUAUCUUUAUAGGAUAUACAACAGGAGCUCCCUACAAGGUGCCCCCAACACAAAGCAAUGGAGCCCCUCCUCCUUACUCAGCAUCCCCUAACCCCUACUCUACGGCCAUGUACCCCAUCAGAAGUGCCUACCCUCAACAGAACCUCUAUGCUCAGGGUGCUUACUACUCACAGCCGAUGUUCGCGCAGCCGCAUGUAAUCCAUCACACCACGGUGGUGCAGCCCAACAGCCUGCCAUCAGCCAUUUACCCAGCCCCAGUGCCCGCGGCCCGGCCCAACAGCGUGGCCAUGGGCAUGCUCGCCGGCUCCACUAUGGCCAUGUCUGCAGGGCCUCUGCUGACCACGCCUCAGCACACACAGCACAUCGGCGCUCACCCGGUUACUGUGCCAACGUACAGGCAGCAAGGAACCCCCGGGUACAGCUAUGUGCCUCCGCACUGGUAGAACAGCCAGUUCACUGCAUAUCUGGAGUCCAGCAUAGUUCACAGUUUGAGUCUUACGUGGGUGCAGCAGUCCGCACUGGGGCACCAAGUCCUUCUGCAAGUACAAAUACUGAAAGAGCAAUGGUCACUUUAUGUGUUCUUGGUGAUUUCGUUAAAGCUGCUCACUCAGUUUGUUUGGUUUUUAGUGUUAUCAAUAUUAAAUAGAAUCUCUGACCAACAUCUACCAGCAGUUUAUAAGAAUUAAAAAUAAAAGACUCUCCACAACUACACUGACCAGCAGCGACUGUUCUGCUGCUGUUAACACUGGUUCCUGUAAAACACUAGUACAUUUUCUAACGGUCAGAAUGUACACAUUUUAUUAUUCAAGCUGCCAUUUCGUAUUUUAACGGUUACAUUUGAGCAAUUUUUGCAUUAUUUUGCUGGUUCAUUUUCACUCUGCUUUGAGAAAAGUCUGUACUUUUUGUUUCUCCUGCUUUUUAAAUAUAAUUUGCUUUUAAAAAAGGGUCAGAGUACUCUGUCAUGAAGACUCAUCAAUCAUCAUCAGCAUCAUCUUGAUCAGCAGACCAGAUCAGCAAUUUUAUCAGCUUUAUUAAAACCAGACUGUGUAGUGGGCAUUUCGGUGGGUUAAGCAGCUUCAUGUGACCAAAUAGUGACAUUUAAUCCAUACUGUAAAAGCGAGCAGAAGAACUGAUGUAGUUGGUUUCAUGGAAACAAUAGAAACAUGCAAUCGUGCACUGGGGGCGGGGCUUAGAGGAGGCUGAAAUGAAACUUUGACCAGUGUCGUGUUUACUCACACCAUACCACCUUCAUGUAAAGUUGUUCAAAUGGGAAGCAAGGCGUAGCAAAGUACUGGAAGUUUAAAAAGUUAGACUUACAACAUGGUUUAAAAUGUAUAAAACAGAUUUCCAAACAAAUUUAGUCGAAAUAUUAGUCUAGGCUUUAUUUUGUGAGACAUGCAGAUCAAACCUUUAGUCUUUAGGCAGAUUUAUGCUUCUGUGUGGAGUUUUGUGAGCAUUUCUAUUUGUGCAUUGAUGUAUCUGCAUUGCUCUGCAAUUACACCACCAAAGCAGUAGUUGGCGACAGAGUUUCUGUGGGUAAACAGCAAUGCAUGAAUAUGAUGCUUAGCAGACCACCGCAGGGAAAGUGCACAUCAGGCUAGGGUUAAAGGGUGCACAACUGCAUGUAGGGUAUGCUGUAGAUUCAACGCAGAAGCAUAAAUUGCCUUAUACUCACUGUGAUUUGCUUUAUAGAAUAGUGUGCUUAUUUCACAGUUAUGCGUCUGAGAUAAGAGGAUGAAUUAAGGACGUUCGACUUCUGAUUUAGACACAGUUUUCUAUUUAAGCCAUUUUUACCAUAAUACACUACAUUUUAACUCCUUAAACCAGGAAUUCGGGACACUCAUACAUCUGCUUAAAACUUAGAUCAAGCAUUACUUUCAACACUCUUUCUCUUUUUUUUUUUUUUUACUAAAUAUGAUGGUCCUAAUGCUGUGCUGUUCUAAUUUAAGACCAUCUAUACUCUCAGUUUCUCACCUCUGCUUUACCUGAGGUUUAAGGUCUGAAUGUGGGCCCACCCUUCUGUGUAUCACUCUCCAGUAUCACUACAUACUGAACAAUUAGUUGUAGUUACUUGGGGUGUAAAUCUUUUUUUAAAAACAAUAAUUAAGUCUGAAGAAGUAAAAAAAAAUACAGAUUAGAUCAUGGAAUGACCAAAUGAUCAGGUAAAGAUCAGGUUUGUUUUGCAAAGUAGUACAAUAUAGAUAAUAAAACAAUGCACCAACCUUUUUUUAUUUGUUUAUUUGUUUAGUUUUUUUCCAUAUUUAGCCCUAAAUUUUUAUUCUGGCCCACAAAAAUACAGCAUACAGUGUUUUGAAUAUAAUAACAUGUUAUAAUUACAUUCCAUAAACCAUGCAGUUGAAUUGAGACCUUCACUAUAGUGAUGAAUGAGAAUUUUUUAUGCUGCUUAGCUCAUCUAGACACCAUAGCAGCCCUCGCCCCCCCCAUCUCCAUCAGACAACCUACUGACAGUGGUGGUGAGUCUCUUUGGCCUAUGACUAGUUAGUUACCCAAGCUCAGUUCCACCUAAUGAGCCGUCACCAAGCAGCUGAGCGCGAGAGAGAGAGAGAAUAAACACUGCAGAGUAAUGCUCACUCUCUCAUUCCACACGUACUAGCUUUCUAAAAAGGUAGAGCACAUCAGAAGAACGCAGGAGGAUGUGAGAACUGUUGUAGGCUAGGAAUUAGAGGCUUGUGUUUUUAAUGCGAGAAACAACAUUCUUCAAAGACUAUCAUAACGGAAGUAUAUAAUAAAAUUUGGUAAGGAAUAUUGCACUCUUUAAAGUAAUAAUCUAUGCUUGUAGUUGGUACAGAACAUAAAUAAUAAUCUAUUAAGGAAUUCAUUUAUUGUACAUUACAAUUGUGGUACUUCUAGUCUUCCAGGGAGAAAAAUAAUAAUACAAAAAAAAACACUGAAGAGAUUCAUGCAAAAUACUAUAAUAUGUCAUUGCAAUAUUCUUCCAUAUUUUAACCACUUUAUUAAGAAAAAUUAACGUGAUUUCCGUCUGUGUUUUAUUAAUUAUAAAGUAACGAAGAAUUCGCAGGCUGCAUUUCGAAUGACCGUGGUCCUGCUAGUGUAGAAUCGUGUGUGUUUGUUUAGGGAAGGCUUGUGCAGUGUGUCGGUCUGUGUGUGCAUCCUCUAUAUUCCGUUAAUUGUUGCUUUCAUGCAGUUUACGCACCGAAUGACAUCGGACAUAAAAAACACGAAAGGAGGACAUUGUUAGAGUCAGGCUUUAAACUUCACAGACACACGUAGAACUUACUGUUGUUUGUUUUCAUAACCAGCGAAUCAGCUUUGAGUUCAGCUUAGAAAAAAAAUAAAAAAUAUAUAUAUUUUAGGGUUCUUCAGAAACAUCAGGGGUUCUAUGUAGUCUUUAUAAACUGGCCAGGUCACAUGGAUCUUUAUAUACAAGUAAAAAAAAACUCUUGAAGAUGUUCUGUAUAGAACCUUUUUGUGCUGAGAGUGCAGACCUUUAUUAUCUGAUUUCUGCUUCACUGUAAUCUGAGAUCACACUACAGUUCUUCUCAAAUGUUUGGACUCACCAAGUCAUAAAACUAUUUUAGCUAUUUCCUGCAGGAAUGCAUUAAAGAGGUGGAAUUUCGUAAGGGACCAAAAAAUAUGUUUUUAAUUAUUGUAGAUUCUUCAAAUUCACCAUUUCUUUCUCUUGAUUCGUUUUAAUGUUUCCUUAAAGAGACUUUCCAUUUAAAGUCAAUUCAAUAGCAUGUAGAUUCCUCACUACACCUGUUAAAUACAUGCGUAUUCUUUUACUAUAGUGAUUCCACCUUCAUAUUUCCUGAUUUAAAGACUAGAAAAAACCCUUCAUUAAGGUUGGAGGAGCUUAUAUAAUUGUAUAAAGGGGGAAUUUUUAACAGAUAGGCUGGUGUAAAGCUUAUUAAACUCUAGUUUAAGUCCAAAACACAACAGGUUUGUCCAAACUUUGACCAAGUACUGUAAAAUAUACAUCACUAUACAUGUUCAAGCUGAUCUAUUGAUGGCUGUUUAAUUUCUGCAGUUUCUGCAUAUUGGUCUCCAUUUGUUCUAUUAAUGCUCGGCCUAGUUCCUGUUUUAGACAAACUCACACUAAUUGUCCUCAGUGGGCAAAUGUUGUGUCUUUUCUUCUUUGUUUUUUUUUUUGCCAAAUGUUCAAAGCUAUGCACUGGUUGAAUGUUUCUGUCACCAACCGAACUGAAACAGCAGUAGGACCAUGUGUUUUGAAGCAAAGAUUCACUGAAAAAUGACACUAUUUUUUUUUACUGUAAACAUAGUCUGAAAAUAGGCAUCUUUAAUCAUGCAGUGGAGCUACACGGCUAAUGUUAAGUCAGUACAAAUUGGAAUUAUACGUAUAUUGAUGUAUAAUUGAGUAUUUCUGGAAAUUUAGAUAACGGGUCAAUAUUUUCUCAUUAAAACCAACUGCUUUCUUAGAUUCUAUAAGCCUUUGUGCACACUCUGGGUACCAUAAAAGACAUCCACCUCCAUUUUUAACGAGGCACUCCACCCGAAAUGAAAAAUGUGUCCGCUGCAGCAUCUGUAGCAAGUAAGCAUGCCUACUCACCUCCUACAGUGGUGCCACAGUGGUCUAAAGACCAGAAAAAACAACCUUCUCAUGGUUUAACUUGACAGGAGGUCAAAAGCUACAGCUGCUUGUUGGGUUGGCUAAUUGAAAUCAAUAGCUGUGUUAAUGCAGAUAAAAUGUUACCCCUUAAAGACUAAUGCAUAAAAUUGAGUUUAGUAAAUUCUAGUUUUACAUUUUAUGCCUGCAACCUCUUUCCAAUUGGGUAAAAUUGAAUAUUUACAGAGAAUGGAAACUGAUCAACUAAUUAAAAGUGAAAGUUACUAAGAUGGCAGAUUCUGACUCAACUCAGACCCAUAUAGAACCUGUCUGAAAUACAAAAUAUAGUAUAUUUUUUACUUAUUAGCAACAUUAGCCAUGUAUCUCUAGUGCAGAACCAAAUAAACAAAUCUCAGACACUAAACCUAAAGCCUUCACUGAUCAACUAAUAAACUACGUUCAUGAUCAAUAGAAAAUUGUGCAAGUUAGAUUUUCCAGUGAAUCGUUUCUUUAAGCAUUUCCUCCCAUUUGCCGCUGGCGUAUCGUCCAUUUCUCUCCUGCUAGAAUUUGUAACGAAAUGCAAGUAGCAAUGCAGGCGGCCAGUUGUGCUGGUCCGGGUGGGCGUGGAGCGUGUGUGGGGCAGAGCUGUGUUCCACGCGCAUGUAUUUGAAGUAUUUGCGAUGUAAAUAUCCAAAUAUUAUACAGAGAAAAGAAAAAAAGAAGUAUUUUGAGUAUUUGAGCACUAGAAUGUAUUUUCAAAUACAUGUAUUUUUCUCAAAGGCUUGAGUACUUGCGAAUAUUCAGAUAAUGGGGAAGUGUGUUUUGCCCGGGGCUACCAUAGAAAAUGAAUUUUAUUUGUUCCUUUUUUUUUUUUUUUUUUUUUUUUUAAGAUGUUGAAAUUUUAAACAGUACUGAUCACUUUUACACAUUUUGAACACUUUUACACAUAUGAACGUUUUCUUAAAGGGACACUCCGGCCCAACGAAAAAGGAAAAAAAUAUAAAAAAAUAAAUAAAAUGUACCCAUGGCUAACGCAUCUGUUCUAAACAUGCCCACUCACCUCCUACAGUGGUGCCACAGCGUCUGUAGAGUGAGAUUUGCUGGUUUUAACGAAUUCUGGUGACAUAACUUGGGGGUGGAAGGAACAUUUAUAAACUACAGCUGCUUUUGUGGUGGAUAUUUGGGGCGUUUUUGAGUAAUGACAGCUUGGUUGUGUUUAAUAGCCUGUAGAUCAGUGGGGCUAGGCUGGCAGUCAGGCCGGAGAGAGUGAGCGCCGCAGGGAUUCCCAGUGGGCUGUGUGAUGUAUUUGUGUAGUGCAUGCUGGGUAUUGUAGUAAGAGAACAUUAAUGCGAACAUGAAAAUGAUAUGAAACCCUGAAUUAUUGUCAGCAAUAUUACAUAGCAUGACAAAUAACAUAAGAAAUGCUAGGUUAAGGCCGGAAUGCCCCUUUAAUAUUCUUCUUAAGCUCUGAUUUCAUUGAUAAAUAUGAAAUAUGAAUUUGUCUCCAUUUGACUAUUUCUGCAGCAAGAUGAUUACUGCCACACAGCGUGGUUAUAAAAGUGACCAUUGAGGAGCAUUUCAAGCUUUUUAGAUCAUAAAGCGACUGAUCUGAAAGGAUGCUGAAUCAAUAAUGUAAUAAUAUGAUAGUUUAUAGGUAAUAAAAUCACUUAAAAUGCAUAAAACUACCUUUUAGUGUGUGGGUUGUGGAGCAGCAAAAGAAUUAAGAAUUAAGUGACACCAUGAACAUGAUAACGGUUCUGGUUUCACAACUAUAAUAAUAAUACAUACAUACACUUUUUCUGUCUAAUUUCAGCCUUUUUAGGCUGUAAACAAAUGCAACAGCCUCAUUAUCAUGGGACUUUAACUUGUUUACCUCAUCUGGGCGUUGUUUCCCAAUAGUAUUGUGGCAAAAGCGAUUAUCGUAGAAUGGCUUAUCGUAGAAUGAUUUUAACUCGUUUAAAUAAUGUUAAAUGUGUGAUUCGGGGAAACAGCGCAGAUCGUAACUUUUAAAUAUUCAUUCUUCUUGAUAAAAUGAUCGUGUUCAUCACAUUACGCAAGUAAUCUUUUGCCACCAAGCACUUCAGAAGUACUCUCGGCUCCAGUCAGCCCCCAGUUUAAACGUGUAAAAGCCAUUGUAAUCUCUCAUAUAACCAAAUAUAACCUGAGCUGAGAGGUGUGUUCACAUGUACGCAUUAUUUCCCAUCGUCACUCCCCAUCAGAACGUUCCCUGUCUACCUGCUGUAAACCGCGGAGGUGUUGAUAUGGUAUUUCUUGUACAGGCACUUGGGCACGUGGGCACUAUAACAAGAGUCGGUCGUAGGCCUACACGUUAUGUCUUCCAGAAUGCAGAUUUCAUAAUGGGUUCUAAUCAGCAUCGAAGGGUUGAAAACCGAUAGACAAGAAACUUUUAAUGUCAGUACAUUUCAGUCAGUUCUAUAUGAUGACGUUGCAAUAGUAUUUUUUUUUUGGUAAUCUCAAGACGGGGGUGCUGUCGAGGCGAAGAUUCACAUCCGGCUUGUGAAAAUGAAGUUGAAUUCUGUUACACUUACGUUGUUUUAUGUUGUAAUGAGGAUCUGUUAGUGAUCUUGGUUAUAAGACCGAGGUUGUAAUUGUAUUAUAUUUGCUGUACAUGUAAAACGUAGAUCAUUCAAUAACUAUUAAAAUCUUUGAAAACAAA